AAAAUACAGUGGACAAAAGCACUGAUACUAAAGCGUUGAUAAAUUGAUUUACAUAUGCAAAACAAUUGACAGCAACAGCAGCAGCAGCAACAACAAUAAAAAAAUCAACAAUUUCCGAGUGCAUCAAACCGAUUUCCCAUCAACAGUUGCUGCCACAAAAGCAGCAGCAAGAGCGCGAAAAAUGCCGGCAUCAAGUGGAUUAUAUCGCAUCAAGAGCGGCCGUGUCCUUGACAGAAUGCAAAAGCCAGCGGCACUUAUUUUUAUUGCAUGCAUUGCGGCAUGUGGCGUUUGCGACCAUACAGCAAUCGCAACCGCAAUGGAUGGGGCAGGAACAGAAGCAGAAGCCGCUUCCACAAUGGCGCCGCAAAGCACAACGGCGGCCGCGGCGGCGGCUGCCAGAAGUGGACAUAGCGCACAGCCAUCACAGAGGCAUAUAAAUCAAAAUUUAAUUAUGUCACCGGUCUCGGCCGCAGCCCUCACGGCCCCCUACCCAUCAUACUCCCGAGCUGACUAUGAGGGGGAGUCGGAUCCCGAGCCUGUGCCCGUGCCGGAGCCCUAUGCCCAGGGACCCGUGGGAGCAAGCGGGAGCAGCAUAACAAGCUUCGAUUCGACCAACUUGAUCGAUGACAAGCACCAGAGCCAGGGCCAGGGCCCACAUGCGAGUCCCGAGCAGCAUCCGCAGCAACAUCUACAGCAGCACUCCCGCAUACAGGCGAAAGACACGGCCGGGCCCUAUCCAAUUCCCAUGGCCGGCCACAGAUCAGAGCCGGCUGAGAACAAUCUGGAAGCAACGAACGGCAUCGAUGGAGUGGAAAGUGUGUUCGGCUCUCCCAUGUACUUCGGCACUGAGAACUCGACGGUUGUGACGACGCAGAUUGGCGCCACCGCCCACGUGCCCUGCACCGUGCAUCACAUUGGGGAAGGCGUGGUAUCAUGGAUACGCAAAAAGGAUUAUCAUCUGCUUACGGUCGGCUUAACAACGUAUAGCAGCGACGAGCGCUUCAGUGCCACGCACUUGAAGCAUUCCGAGGAUUGGACAUUGCAAAUCAAAUUCGUGCAGCUACGUGAUGCAGGCGUCUACGAGUGCCAGGUGUCCACUCAUCCGCCCACAUCGAUAUUCCUGCACCUGAGUGUCGUCGAAGCGCGCGCCGAGAUCUCUGGGCCCCCGAUACGUUACCUAACGCCGGGCUCCACGCUGCGGCUGCAGUGCCGCGUGGUGCAGAACACGGAGGCGUCCGAGUACAUAUUCUGGUAUCACGAUAACCGGAUGAUUAACUACGACAUUGAUCGGGGCAUUAACGUGUCAACGGAGCCAGACUUUCAAUCAUCCGAUCUCACCAUACAGCGUACACGGCGCGAACACUCGGGCAACUUCACCUGCGUGGCCAGCAACACGCAGCCGGCCAGUGUCCUGGUGCAUAUCUUUAAAGGCGACAAUCCGGCGGCCAUGUAUCACGGACAUGUGGGCGGCUCCACCAAGACAAUGCAAUCGCAGCUGCAUAUGAUUAUGAUAAUCAUUGCCACCGGCUAUCGGAUAUUCCACACGAGUGUGUACAUGAAGAUCUCGUAAGCGUCCACCACAGAGGAAAAGGAACAUAAGGAAGAAGCAGAGGCAGGUGCAAACUAUCGAACGAAUGUAUUGGUGGAAUCUUAGCCGUAAUCUUACACUAGUUAAUUCUCUCUCUCUCUCUCUCUCUCUCUCAUACGAUAUUCAUUAAAGCGAGGCCCAAAUCCGAGCAUACGUACUACCCCAUAAUCAAACCCAAAGCUAAACUUUACAGACAGCGAAUCAAGCUUAAGAACUCUCUCUAUACAUACAUACAGGAAUACAUACAUGAUGCCAAGCCAUCAAUCAGCCCACUUCUAUGUGCAUGUGUUUGUAUUUUGUGAAUGUAUAAGUGUAAGCGAAGGUGACACACUCCACACUUAUCAACAGAGGAGGGAGUCUCUAGAAGUGCUCCCAAGACGGAGGAGGUCUAGAGCAGACAGGCCAACAGCUAGGCAGAGAGAGGGAGAGAGCGAAAUAACUUGCAGCAUGCAGCAACAGUAAAAAAGAUAAACUUUGGAAAACUAUCAACUCUACACAUACACGCAUUCGCAUAUAUUGGAGAGCGCAAGAGUGUACUUGAAAAAGCAUCCAGAGUUUUAGGCAUUUGCUGUGGCAAAGAGACAAGUUCAUAUUUCAUAAAAGAAACUAAUAUUUUUUUGAAAAAAUGUCUGAAACCAUACAAUUCUUCAACUUUGGCCGGUUUUAAAAAUUCUUUAGCUCUAGAAAAAUAUCUGCAAAAAUAUCUCAAGCUAGGCCGAACUCUCUUAAGUCCCCGGCAAAACAUUUCCUUUUUUUUGGAGUGCAAAGGCACAAAGAGCUUUUAUCUAAUACUCGUAUAUAUGUAUGUAUGUUAUCUCUGAACCAGACAUUCAUACAUUUCUGAUCAAGUGGUUGAUCAGGAUCUAGCAGAUCAUAGAUGGAGUCACUUCCAAAUCCAAUAAGAAGAACUGACCGAACUGUAGCAAGGACACCCCUGCCCGUCUACAUAUGUAUCUAUAUCCUUCCGUUUGACGUAAGCCCCUUUUUAGGGCUAAGAACUUUGUUUCAGUCACUGCACUAACGGACAUCCUCAAGCUCCAUCAUUCGCGAGUAAAUAUGAUUUAUGGGGGGAAUUGUACAGAGAGCCGGAGAACCACUCAACUGAUUAGAACGGGUUUUGCUAAUGGAAUUUGACUUCACUCUAGGAAGUUCAGAGUUAAGCUGUAAAUAAAUUAUUUGGUAAACUAAAGUAAUGGAAAAUUGGAAAACUGUUACCGUUAAGUGUGGGUGCAACUGCAAGUAAAAGAGAGGGGUACGAAUGGGAUGCCCAGAGAGAGGGCAAUAAAAGUUUUGGCCAGAAUUUGUUAAUCAAAAGAGAAAUAACCAAUAUUGAGAACGAGAAGCACGGAUCGCGUAAUCAAAAUAAACUAUGAGUAAUUGUCUAAAAUAACACAGAUAUUCACUAAAUUAAUGUAACUUUUAAUUAGUGGACAAAACUUUUAACUGUCUUAGAGAUGUGCAAUAAGAUCGUACGAGUACGACCUAACUAGAGAGCGAAUCGUAUCCAACGCGGAUGCUCUUGCGGCUGCGGAACCUCCAAAGAAUAUGUGUAAAUAAUGGCGCAGCUGCAGGAAAUGAGAAAUUCUAGCCCCUAAGUCUGUGUAGUUAAAUGUAACGUAAAUUAUCUAAAAAAGAAAAACGAAACAAAAACAAAAGAA